UUAUUUUUUUUUUAAAUUUGUUAUAUUUUCAUUUGUAUAAAAAUAUGAGCUGCACGAGUACGGUAAUUUAACAGAAACUAGGGCACAGUAUGAGAUUGUCCUUAAAAAUUUAACUCAAUAAAUAUAUGAUGGUGGAAUAUUUGAAAAUAUUAAUAGACGUAUUCAAAAUUAGACCAAGUAAUUGUUUGAAUAAUAAUGAUAAUAACAAUAAUAAUAAAUAAAUUAUGCUCAGAAUAACGGAAUAAUUAAAAAUGGCAUUGCCAAAAUUAAAUGAUUACGCACUUCUUGAAAAAAUUGGUACGGGAAGUUAUGCGACAGUUUACAAAGCAGUAAAAAAGGAUAGUUCCCGCGAUGUGGUUGCAAUUAAAUGUGUAGAUAGUUCAACACUUUCAAAAUCAGCAAUCGAUAAUUUAAUUACAGAAAUUAAUUUAUUAAAAGUAUUGAAGCAUGAGCACAUUGUUGAAAUGAAGGAUUUUUUUUGGGGCGAGGGACAAAUAUACAUUGUUAUGGAAUACUGCAAUGCCGGUGAUCUGUCGACAUUCAUAAAAAGAAAAAAUAAAUUACCGGAAAAUGUGUGCCGUAAAUUUUUGCAGCAGCUUGCACUUGCACUUAAGUAUUUACGUUCUAACAAUGUAUGCCAUAUGGAUUUAAAACCACAAAAUCUUUUACUUAUUAGAAAACCUACACUAAGACUUAAAGUCGGAGAUUUUGGUUUCGCUCAAUAUUUAUCUUGUGAUGAACAUAAAUUUUCAAUUCGUGGAUCACCGCUUUAUAUGGCACCUGAAAUAUUACUUCACCAUGAAUAUGAUGCGCGUGUUGAUUUAUGGAGCGUUGGAGUUAUUAUGUAUGAAUGUUUGUUUGGUAAAGCGCCUUAUUCUAGUAAUACUUUAGAAGAAUUAGCUGAAAAAAUCAAAAGUUGCCGUCCUAUUGAGAUACCUAAAGGAUCACAUGUGUCUAAUGAAUGUAAUGAUUUAUUACAAUCAUUAUUAAAACAUGAUCCCGCAGAACGAAUAACUUUUGAAAAUUUUUUCGCUCACGAAUUUUUGGAUCUCGAACAUGCGCCGACGCAAGAAAACUAUGAAAAAGCUAUUGCAUUGAUACAGUGUGCUAUUAAAGAAGACACGGAAAAAAAUUAUCAAGAGGCAUUUCAACUUUAUUGCAAUGCAUUGCGUUAUUUUGUACCAAUUUUAAUGGAUGAAUCGGAUUCACAAAAGAAGAGGCAUCUAAGACAGCGAAUUAACGAAUACAUAAAUCGUGCGGAAAAGCUUAAACAAUUGUGUGGGGAUAAGAGUACCUCAAAUGAAGCUAAUCACCAACUGUUGAAAGAACACAAACAAUUAUUAAUAAGACAGCAAUCAACGAACUCAUUUCCUUAUGCCGAAUUAAAAAGUUUGAGUAAAAGCACAUCCGACAUGGCGUCAGGUCUUGAAAUGGGCGAAGUCGGAGAACAGUAUUUUGCAGAAGGUAAUUACACCCUUGCGCUCGAGAAGUUCAAAUCUUGUUUAGGGAUUCUUGUGCGCGUGCUUAGCAAAGAACCACCAGGAAGAAGAAGAGAACUUCUUCAUCAACAGAUCCAAAUGUGGAUGAAACAAGCCGAGUGUACAAAAGGACUUCUUGCGACAAAAGGAGUACAAGAUUUGACUAAAUCUGCAGAAACUACUGACCAAUGUCGUCUAUCAUAGCUCAUUAAUUUUCUGUUAAUAAACGACACUAAUUGUUUACAAUAUUGUUUUUAUUAAAGCUACUCCCUUAAUGAAGCUCAUUUUCAACAAUUAAUGUAUACUGCGUUAAUAAGAAAAAAAACUAACGCCAUUAUUACUGUUAAUAGUUGCGUGAAUUCUAUAAUAGUUAAAAUGAGCUUUGUACAAAAUAAUAACUUAAACAUAAAUUUCGAGGUUAGGUUAAAUAAGUAACACA